AUGUCUACUCCAGAAUCGGUUGACAAUCUCGCCAAGCUUGAACUCUCUCUCUACGAUCAUUCAUCUUCAAACGAUUUGGACAAGCCAUCCAUCAGUGUCAUUGAAAGUCCUCUCCGCCCUUCAUCUAAGGUCCGUCCCAUGGCGGUGCAGUCAAAGCCUCAGCUGAGAGCGCCAGAUCGUGUGCUUUUCAGGCUGAACAAACUUCUUCAGCCCACCAAAGACCUCGGCUCCGUACUUACCACCUUCAACUAUGCCCUGUAUCUUUUGGCAUACUUCGACCAUAAAGCCCAUAGUUUGAAGACAAAGGCGCUCUCAUUAGUCAAGCCCGAUGCCGCUAUCACUACUUUCUCUGUCGCUACCGAGGCAGAGUCCUCUCGCUUUGCUAGACUGGGAGGGGUUUUCAAUGACGCACGCUUAGCCCUGCGACUAUUUGGGCUGCUCCCCAUCUAUGUCAAGAUGAGGCAGGUGAUGACCUCCAAGGGCAUGGAUCAAGUUCUUUACUUCAUUGCGGCCCUGCAAUGCUCAUUGUACGCGAUGUACCAGCUCCUCGAAAAUAUAGCAUUCUUAACCGACAAGGGCGUCCUUUCCAAGCGAGGCCUUGGGCGCUGGACUGGCGGGAACGUGGGGAUCGUGUACAAGAUAGCUCACCGUGCCUGGUUCUUGGGCAUCAUGUGUGACUUCGCCCGCCUUAUGCGGGAAGCACAGAUCUUCUUCCGGAGGAAGCACAUCGAUCAAGGAGAUAUCACCCAGGAGGAGGCUGAGAAGGCGGCGGAGUGGUAUUCGGAUUGGAUCCGUCCCCUGGCUUGGCUGCCGAUCGGAUGGCACCUUUCUGGUUGGACGCAUGACGGUGUGCCUGGUUUUAAUUUGGGUAUCAAGGGCGUCGCAGGACUUGUUGCGGAUCUCAGGAAGACUACCUCGCUUUGGCAUGCCACUAAGGAUACACUGUGA